AUGACCGAUCUGCUUCCCGAGCAGCAGCCGCCGGAUCGGAAGCCUGCAUUCCGACCCGAACCCGAGGACGGCGACGCAAUCGACGACAUGUACGUGAAAAUCACCACCUGGCCGCCGCUUGGUCAGGCGUCCACCAUCGCUCGUCACCAGCACAGCGUUCGCUUCACCGUCCUCCUCGAGACCGCCGCUCCCAGCAUCGUGAGCCCGGAGGAUCAGGAUCAGGAGGAGCCUCAGGUUUGUGUCUGGCAUAACCACGGAGGACACGACGCCUGGGCAGAACUCCCUCUCAAGCCAACUUCCACCUGCGACCAUGUCCUGUUGCUGAACCGCCCGCCGCCUGGCAGAGGCAUCUCGAAGAGGUACUUCACCGCGGAGCUUCCAGGUCUCCCCAAACAUGGCCAGGUCUGCUCUUUUACCGUCAAGUUCUUGAUCGAUACCGAGCAUGGUUGGAGGUGGAUUAGAGACACGACUGGCAUUCAAGACGGCCAGCUUCACUACCAGAGCACGGAUUACGGCAAACAUUCUGCCUACGACCUAAAGCACUUCUUCAACGGCAUCAGCUCCGACAUCGCAAUCCAGAGCGAGCGGCCGGAUACUGAUGACACAUUUCUGUAUUCCCUUACGGCUCCUGUUAGUCCUGCUCAAGGUCAGCAUUCUGGCUGGUCACAUCACCAACUUGGCACUCCCAAUUCUUCUUCGAGGUGGUUUAGCUUGGUCCGACUGUGGUCUCCAUGGCUUGCGCCCCGACAAGGAUCAGGAACAUUUCAAGUCGACAAAGAUGCCGUCUUGCUGUCAUUUCUUCGGACCGACGGCCUCCAUGUGGUCGUGCUUGGCAUCAGUGGUGUCGACGACCUGAUGACUACCUUCGUCAACGACAAACAUGGCAAUGUCAUCAUCAAGUGCCGGAACGAUCGUACUAGCGCUGGAAACGCAACAGUAUUGGCGGCCGUUGCGGAUAGCUUCGAAGUGGCGAAUGCUGCCGUCUUCUACCAUGCACGAAAGGUUGUGGGUUCGUACACUAAUGCUCCCGUUGACGACCAAGUACAGACUAUGAUGGAUUCGAUCAAGCCAGAGUGGCUGGAGGAAUGGUACGAUGGCCUGACUUACUGCACCUGGAAUGCACUGGGUCAGAACCUGACAGCCCAAAAGAUAUAUGAUGCUCUCGACGACUUGUCCAAGAACAACAUCAACGUCACAAAUCUCAUCAUUGAUGAUAACUGGCAAUCUCUGAACAAAGGAGAGACUCAGUUUCUCCGCGGCUGGCAGGGCUUUGAAGCCGAUAGAGAUGGCUUCCCAGAGGGCAUGAAGGCUACAACAACUGAGAUCCGUAAGCGUCACCCCAACAUCAACCAUAUCGCUGUAUGGCAUGCUCUCAUGGGUUACUGGGGCGGCAUUGACCCAAACGGAUGGAUCGCGAAGAAUUACAAGACAAUUGAAGUCGAAAAGGAACCUGGUGUCGCGGGUGGCACCUUCACCGUAGUCGCAGCCGACGAUAUCGGACGCAUGUACAACGAUUUCUAUUCGUUCCUCUCGUCCUCUGGCGUGGACUCCGUGAAGACCGAUGCGCAGUUCUUCCUCGACCUGCUUCUGCACGCACCUGACCGAAGAGCUCUCACCCAAGAGUAUCAGGAUGCCUGGACCAUUGCUCAUCUGCGACACCUGGGUAGCAGAGCCAUCAGCUGCAUGUCUCAGACUCCCCAAAUCCUGUUCCACAGCUCAUUGCCGCGGAACAAGCCGCGUCUCUUGAUGCGCAACUCUGAUGAUUUCUUCCCCGAGGUGGAAGCCUCACAUCCAUGGCAUAUUUUCUGCAACGCGCACAACAGCCUGCUGAUGCAGCACAUGAACGCUCUGCCAGACUGGGACAUGUUCCAGACCUCUCAUGACUGGGCGGGUUUCCAUGCUGCCGCGCGAUGCGUCAGCGGCGGACCGAUCUAUUUCACCGACAAGCCAGGAGAGCACAACAUCAAGCUCUUGAACCAGAUGACAGCGCAGACACCGCGUGGCAAGACGGUCAUUCUCCGGCCGCACACCAUUGGCAAGGCAAGUGACCCAUACAACGCAUACGACGCCCUCGCCCUCCUCAAGAUCGGAACGUACGUCGGCUUCGCUCGCACGGGCACCGGCAUUCUCGGGGUGUUCAAUGUAUGUGGUCAGCAUCUGAGCGAGUUCGUCAGUCUGAGCGAUUUCCCCGGCACAGAGGAAGGCGAAUAUGUAGUGGGAUCCUUCCUCUCGGGCGAAGUAUCGCAGCCGAUGCAGAGGCGCGAGCCAACCGCCCUGGUCGGGCUCGAGCUCGAGACGGCCGGCUGGGACGUCCUAUCCGCCUACGCGCUCCGCCGGUUCCGCGUUCAAAAGCAGGACGUCGGCGUCGCCAUGAUGGGCCUCCUGGGCAAGAUGACGGGCUCUGCGGCCGUGUCGGGCCUGGAUAUCUACGUGGAAGAGAACGGACGCUUGCGGAUCUGGACGAGCCUGAAGGCUCUGGGCGUGCUGGGACUGUACCUCACCGAUCUCCCCGGGAGGUCUGUCGCGCAGGACAUGAUGAUCAUGAUCUUCGGGAAACCCAUCCCCGUGGGCUGUGUGAAGAAGCACAAGCAGGUUCUGGAGGUGGAUGUGGAGCGGGCGUGGAAGGAAAGUGGCGAGGAGGCGGGCUGGAGCAAUGAGGUGAGUAUCGAGAUUUUUAUCCACUAG